AUGAAUUUACGGUGGAUUGUAAUAUCGUCAAUAGCGAUGCUGAUUACAGUGAUUGCAGUGACGUGCAGUGUCCAUGGCCCUGAUGAAAAGCGAGACUGCUGCGACAACUCUACAGAAACUUUGGCCCGACGGAAGCGGAAUCUCAUUUUCCACCCGAUUUCGAGAGGAUUCUUUCGUGUAAAUAUCAAGGAUGGCGUCGCGGACAACACCAGCAUUUGGGCGCAGGGUAUCGGCUUCCGUAUGAACAUCGAGUUCUUUAAUCCUCCCGGGCUCAAGAUAACCCGUCGCGAUGUGCAUCAAUCAGUGGAGAAUAUGAUUAUGGCUCACGGAUUCGACGGACGCGCCUGCAUUCUGCGAACGUUCUGCGAGAUAUCGAAGGUGAUGACACCGAAGAGUGGGAUCCUGUUCAAACUGUUCAAGAUGAUCUUCCGAUCCAAAGCGCUCGGCUCUGAUGACAGUUCCAUCGGUUCUUCAAACAGUUUGCCACAGGGCGAUGAAGAGUACUUCCCGUACCUGACGGCCAACGAUUGCGAAGAGCUGGAGCGCCACUGUCCCAUUUCGCAGUUGGACAUGGACCGGCUAGAGGACACGGCACCGGAUGAGGCCGACGAAGCGACUCGUGCAAAUCGGGAUUAG